AUGUCCAAUCCCCGGCCCGAUUUCAAGGAAGUCGAAGCUACGCGCCCCGAUUUCCGCCGCAAUGCCGAAGUUACCGUCACAAAGACUCCGAACCCUGCUUGGAAGGAGGGUGAUGGUGCCAAUGAUGGCGGAGAGAGCUUGAAGAAAGACCAUGUCGAGAUUGACCCUUAUGCUGAGGGCCGUCCGGUAGCGUCCAACUACAAGUUGUUGAUCUCUGGUAUGGUGCCGAGACCCAUUGCUCUGGUUAGUACGCGGUCGGCCGAUGGGAAGACAACAAACCUCGCACCGUUCAGUUAUUCCCAAGUUGUCAAUCACGAUCCACCUACUUUCAUUGUGGGGUUCGCUGGGGGUCUCGGUAAUGCCAAGGAUACCCUGCGCAACCUGCAGGAAACUGGAGAGUGCGUGAUCAAUAUUAUUUCAGAGCACUUUGUCGAAGCUGCCAAUUCUACUUCUAUCAACACUCCAUAUGGUGUCUCUGAGUGGGAGACUUCGGGUCUGACUCCUGCACCGACUACUGUUGUUAAGCCGGCGCGUGUCAAGGAAUCUAUUGUGGCUAUCGAGGCCAAGCUUGUCGACACAAAGGAGUUUGAGAGUCGCACUACCCCUGGCAAGAUGACUGGUGCACUGAUUAUUGUCGAGGGGGUAAGGUUUUGGGUUAGAGAGGACGCUAUUAAUGAAGAGCGGUCUAUGGUUGACCUGAGCGUUCUUAAGCCGAUUAGUCGUUUAGGCGGAAUCUCGUAUGGCCGCACCACGGAAUCCUUCGAGAUUCCCCGCCCCUCAAUCUGA